AUGAACGCUGCGAUUACGGGUGCGUGGGGCAAGCAGCGUUCGCGCAUUUCGCUGAAUCAUGAAAUUCCUCCGGGAUCUGCAGCUGCAGCUGCUUUAGCGCGUGAAGAGAACAAGCCCGCAGACGAAGCUCAAGCGGCCUCUGACGACGCUGGACCCUCUGACAAGCGAGACAAGAGCGCGAAGCGAAAGGCACGGUCUGUGCGGGACUCAGUCUCAAAGCGUGGAAAGAAGGCGGCGGAUGCGGACAAGUACGCUGCUCCUACUACGCGCUUGCGUGAUAUAGGUGGUAUGUCGCAUGCCAUGGAAAAAGCUCUUGAGCUGGUGGCUAUGCCUUUGUGUCACCCGGAAAUAUAUGCGCAUACGGGCGUCACUCCGCCUCGCGGUGUGUUGUUCCACGGCCCACCUGGCUGUGGUAAAACUAUGAUGGCUGGAGCACUGGCGGGGGAGCUGGACGUACCGUUUUUAUCGAUCAGUGCGCCAUCGAUUGUGUCUGGCACGUCGGGUGAGUCGGAAAAGGCGCUGCGCGACACGUUUGACGAAGCGCAAAGCAUUGCACCGUGUAUUCUAUUUAUUGAUGAGAUUGAUGCCAUUACGCCUAAGCGUGAGACGGCCCAGCGUGAAAUGGAGCGGCGUAUUGUCGCACAGCUGUUGACGUGUCUGGACGAGCUGGCGUGGGAAAAAAAUGAGGGCCGACCUGUGAUGGUGCUUGGUGCGACAAAUCGACCGGAUGCUAUUGAUCCAGCACUGCGACGUGCUGGGCGCUUUGAUCAUGAGAUUGCGCUGGGUGUGCCCGACGAGCAGGGGCGCGAACAGAUUCUACAAGUGCUUUGUGCCAAGAUGCGCCUCGCAGGCGACUUUAAUGUCAAGUAUUUGGCCAAGCGCACGCCUGGCUAUGUGGGUGCGGACCUGACAUCUCUCACGGCGGCCGCCGGUGUCAUUGCUGUGAAGCGCAUCUUUCAGCAUCUGCGUGACGCGGAUGAUGCCAUGCAAUGCGAAGAGCCGCCGCAAGAAAUGACAUCAGACGAGACGCAUAUCGUGACAGGGCCGGCGUUUCUGGAAGGGCUCCCGGAGUCUGUGCAAUCGUCGUCGAUCGCCAUGUUUUUGAAGCGAUUCCCGCAUCCGCUCCCUGAUGCGCAGUUAGAGCAGUUGGCGAUCAUGAACGACGAUUUUUUGGAGGCACUCAAAGUCGUGCAGCCGUCGUCCAAGCGGGAAGGCUUUGCUACGGUACCCGAUGUCACAUGGGACGAUAUCGGCGCGCUGCAUCAGAUUCGUGAGGAGCUCAGCAUGGCAGUCGUUCAGCCGAUUCGGCGCCCUGAGCUCUUCCGUGCAUUGGGUGUGAGCGCCAGCUGUGGCGUAUUGCUGUGGGGGCCGCCAGGUUGUGGUAAGACCCUGCUGGCCAAGGCCGUCGCCAACGAGAGUCGCGCGAAUUUUAUCAGUGUCAAAGGCCCAGAGCUGCUGAACAAGUAUGUGGGCGAGAGUGAAAAGGCCGUGCGUCAAGUGUUUGCCCGUGCGCGGGCGUCGUCCCCCUGUGUGAUUUUCUUCGACGAACUGGAUGCCUUGGUGCCUCGUCGAGACGACACGCUGUCAGAGGCGUCGGCUCGCGUUGUCAAUACGCUGUUGACGGAACUGGAUGGCCUCGAAUCUCGUGUACAGACGUAUGUGAUUGCGGCGACGAACCGACCGGACAUGAUUGACCCGGCCAUGUGCCGUCCUGGUCGCUUGGACCGCCUGCUCUACGUCGAUUUGCCUUCGCCGGAAGAGCGCCUCGACAUUCUCCAGGCGCUUACCAAGGCAUCGCCUCUCGCUACGGAACCUGGCGCCUCGCCUGCGUACCAGCCGGUGCAGCUGGACGACAUCGCAUACGACCACCGCGCUGAUGGCUACAGUGGUGCUGACUUGGCGUCGCUCGUGCGCGAAGCGGCCAUUUCCGCCUUGAGAGAAAAGCUGGUGUCACCUCUGCACUACCCAGAGGACAACGAGCCUGUGGAGCGCGUGAUGAUGUACCAAAUCCACUUUUGGCACGCCUUUGACCGCGUGCAGCCCAGUGUGACGGCCGAGCAGCGCCUCAAGUACGAGGCCCUACGAGGCCGCCUGGCCGCGGGCGUCACGCGCCGCACAUAG